GAACACUGUGGCAUUAAACCCCACUUUGUCAGACUUCACCCUCCAUUUUCCUCACGCUGUGGUGUCUGGCUCAGGUGAAAAGCGCAGGCCCCACCCUCCUGCAUAAUGACAGUGGCAACAGGAGAUCCCUCAGAUGAGGCAGCAGCACACCCAGGCCACCCUCAGGACUAUGAUGCUGAGGGAGAACAGGAAUGCUGUGAAAGAGUUGUCAUCAACAUUUCAGGCCUACGAUUUGAGACACAACUCAAGACCCUCUCACAAUUUCCUGAGACAUUGCUUGGUGAUCCAAAAAAGCGGAUGAGAUACUUUGACCCUUUAAGGAAUGAGUAUUUCUUUGAUAGAAACCGGCCAAGCUUUGAUGCCAUCCUCUACUACUACCAGUCUGGAGGAAGGUUACGGCGCCCUGUAAAUGUGACUCUGGAUAUAUUUUCAGAAGAAAUUCGGUUUUAUGAGCUUGGAGAGGAGGCUAUUGAGAUGUUCAGGGAGGAUGAAGGGUUCAUAAAGGAAGAAGAGAGGCCGUUGCCUGAUAAUGAAUUUCAGAAGCAGGUCUGGUUGCUGUUUGAGUAUCCAGAAAGUUCAGGACCAGCAAGGAUUAUAGCAAUCAUAUCUGUCAUGGUGAUUCUUAUUUCUAUCGUCAGCUUCUGUCUGGAGACUCUGCCUAUAUUCCGUAGUGAUGAAGAGGACAUGCAGAAAGUCAACAAACAUAAUAGUAACUCCACCACAAGUCAUGUGUCCACCUCCUUCACUGACCCUUUCUUCAUACUGGAGACACUCUGCAUUAUUUGGUUCUCUUUUGAGUUCCUGGUUCGGUUCUUCGCCUGUCCCAGUAAAGCCAACUUCUUUGUGAACAUAAUGAAUAUGAUUGAUGUGGUGGCUAUUAUACCCUACUUCAUUACACUAGGAACAGAACUGGCAGAGAAAGCAGAGGACGGCCAGCAAGGGCAGCAGGCCAUGUCUUUAGCCAUCUUGCGAGUCAUCCGACUAGUGAGGGUCUUCAGGAUCUUCAAGCUCUCACGUCAUUCCAAGGGACUCCAGAUUCUGGGGCAAACUCUGAAGGCCAGCAUGAGAGAACUUGGGUUACUUAUCUUCUUCCUCUUCAUUGGAGUCAUCCUCUUCUCCAGCGCCGUCUACUUUGCUGAAGCAGAUGAACCUGAGUCCCAGUUCUACAGUAUCCCAGAUGCCUUCUGGUGGGCUGUGGUUUCUAUGACGACUGUUGGCUAUGGAGAUAUGGUACCCACUACCAUUGGUGGCAAGAUUGUUGGGUCUCUUUGUGCCAUUGCUGGAGUGCUGACCAUUGCCUUGCCAGUGCCUGUUAUUGUCUCAAAUUUCAACUACUUCUACCACCGUGAAACAGAGGGUGAGGAGCAAGCCCAAUAUCUGCAGGUUAACACUCCCAAAGCUGAUUCCCAGGAAGAGUUGAAACGAAGUCAAAGUGGUUCUACCAUCAGCAAAUCUGACUAUAUGGAGAUCCAAGAAGAACUGAACAACAGUAACGAGGACUUCCAGGGGGAGGACCUCAAAAAAGGCAAUUGCACUUUGGCCAACACAAACUAUGUGAAUAUCAAAAAAAUGCUGACUGAUGUAUAAUCAACUGAGAUUAUGUCAUUGGAAAAUGUGAGACAAGCAUGAGGGAGAUGGCAGCCUUAGUUUGCAAAAGUUCUGAGGCUUUAAAGCUAUAAAGGAUAAAGAGGAUCACUAUAAGUAAGAACCUUUGCUACUGAUAUGAAAUUUUCUGUUCUGCUCAGAACAGAUCAGCCCAGCUCAGAAAAGAUCAGCCCAGCCACCUAUGUAAGAUCGUCUUCAUAGUAAAACAAUCAUUUGAGUGUGCAUGCAGUUAGCUUUCAUUUCUGUGACUUUCACUGAAAAAUCUAACUUCCCGUAACAGCAGAAACUGUAGAAACUAGAGGAUGAAGGAACAACCUAGCUAAAAGGGUUAACAACUUUAUGCCUCCAAAAAUCAUCCUUGUACCAUGUAUGUAUCAUCACAGCGUAUCAAGCCCUCAAAGUUCAGCUACAU